AUGUUGAAAGAACUCCGAGUUAAAGGUGACGCCAGAGAAGACAUGAUCAACUCGUUACUGCGCCGCGGUAUCUGUAAACUGGACCAAGUUUCGGCCAUGGACAAUCUGGCAAAUAAGAUUUUCUCCUCUCUAUGGGGUAAUAUCGAGGAAUCCAUUUCGUCCGAUGAAACCAUUUCGUCCAAUGAAGGAGAAGAUGGAAAAGUAUUCAGCUCGUUGAAAGAUUGGCGCAGUCUACCAGGCACUCGGGUAGUCAGACUUCAGAAUGAGCAACGCGCAAAUUUGGCCUUCUCCAACCCUGCCCAGAAUUCGGGAUUGUUUUCACCCUCCACCUCUCUGGACAGCGACAGCGAGGUCGGAAGCUGCCAACCGGGUGGAAGCGUCUGGGACUGA